AUGCCAUCCCAACGACCCUUCUUCCUCACGAGCGUCUUCGCCGCGUUCCGCCAACAGACCCAGCCGCUAGCUACGACGUCAUCACAACAACCAGGCAAGCAAUCAUCGACGUCGACGUACUCAACCGCGGCGGUCGCCCGGAGCACGCAGCCGCAACAACAGCAGCAGCAGCAAUCCUCGGCAACCUCGUCGUCGUCAUCUCAACAACAAACACAAUCCUCCACUGCGGCGUCGCAGCACCAUCAGCAGCCCAGUCCUGGUGUCCAGUCUCCGCGCGCCACGACGGCGGCGGCGACGAGCGGCAUCCCGAUCCCCGCCCCUGGACGCAGGCGCGGCAGCGAUAGCAGCACAGAGGGGUUUCAGAAUGUGCGCGGGGCGGAAAAGUGGUACGUCGGCGGCAGGACGGCGACGGGAGAGGAGCGUUUCUUCAGGCUGGGCGUUAUACGUCGGGUGCGCAGCGGGGAUAGAUUGAGUCUAGAUCGACUGAGUUUAUGA